ACAGGCGUGCGCCACCAUGCCCGGCUGCCUUCUGUGAAAUUUGGAGUUGUGUUUUUAUCAGAACUAAUGUGGAACAUGAAAAUAAUGGGCAUUUCUUCCUAGCUCAGUUGCUUCCUCCACUGUGAUAAGAGAGUGAAAGAUUGUUACUCAGCCUGUUGAUAAUGUUUUUCAUUGUUUUCAUCAAGAAACCAAUCUUUCUUUGUUCCUAAUCAACCUUUGUGUUUGCUCAUAGGUGAAAUUAAGGAUUGUUAGAAAACGUAGAUGUUUACUCCACACUGGAAAAUGCUACAGAGGAACCAGACUUCUUUCUAUAUAAACAGCAUUGCAUAGCAUCUGAAAAGUCCACCAACCUUAUGAGACCAUUGAAUCCCUGGCCUCAAAUAGAAUUCACUAGUCUAUUAUACUAACACAAUGGUUGUGAGAAUGUGCAUGCCUGGUGCCAGCCUUCCCUCCACCGCUGGCGUCUCCCCCUUUGUCAUGGUGACAGGCACCAAAGUCACACUCCAGUCUGGAUCUGACCUUACAAGGUGAAGCCGGGACGGGGAUUCGGACACCAUCUGAGGAAGACAGACUCUCUCUGUUCCUCUCAGCUCCUGAGACUUGGAGAAAGUGAACUCUAAAAGCCAGUCUCUCUCUGUUUGAAUGACAGACCUUGUGGAGGACUUGUGCUGUGGUUUCUUCAAUCCAGGUGCAAAAAAGUCUUAACCAAGUUAUAAUCUAGGCGACAGACUCCCUGAAGUGUUGACUGCCCAAUUUAAUCAUGAACAUGAUUCAAAAAUGUUAAUAAAUAAACCAAGACCAUGGGGAACUCAUACGCGGGGCAACUGAAGUCUGCUCGAUUUGAGGAAGCUCUCCACAACUCCAUAGAAGCCUCUCUCAGAUGCAGUAGUGUGGUUCCACGGCCAGUUUUUUCGCAGCUCUACUUGGACCCUGACCAGCAUCCUUUUCCAUCUGCAGAUGUCAAACCCAAAGUGGAAGAUCUGGAUAAAGAUUUGGUACACCGCUACACGCAAAAUGACAGCUUGGACUUUUCUAACAAUCUGACAGUUAAUGAAAUGGAAGACGAUGAUGAUGAAGAAGAAAUGUCCGAUUCCAACAGCCCACCAAUUCCCUAUUCACAGAAACCUGCCCCAGAAGGCUCUUGCACUACAGACGGUUUUUGUCAAGCAGGAAAGGACCUGCGUCUGGUAUCGCUCUGUAUGGAGCAGAUCGACAUCCCAGCAGGGUUCCUUCUGGUGGGGGCCAAGUCUCCCAAUCUUCCUGAACACAUCCUAGUCUGCGCUGUGGACAAGCGCUUUCUACCGGAUGACCACGGGAAAAAUGCACUUUUAGGGUUUUCUGGAAACUGUAUCGGCUGCGGAGAAAGAGGAUUUCGGUAUUUCACGGAAUUUUCCAACCACAUUAACUUGAAGCUCACCACCCAGCCCAAGAAGCAGAAGCACUUAAAGUACUACCUAGUCAGAACCUCCCAGGGUGUGCUGUCCAAGGGGCCGCUUAUCUGCUGGAAAGAAUGUAGAAGCCGACAAUCCUCUACUACUUGCCACUCUAUCAAACCAAACUCUUCAGUAUCAACCGUCACCCCAGAAAAUGGGACAACUAAUGGAUACAAAGCAGGAUUCACUCAGACAGAUUCACCAGUUCUCAGUCCAGCUAAUUCUGCAAUCAACUUAAGUGGCGCUCAAGACCUGACCCGGAAUAAGAAUAUUGUGAAACCCCUGGCUUUAUCUUUGCAGACUAUAGGGAAGACUUUUGCCACAGAUGCUGCGAACGGGAGCGGCAGCCAUGGAGGGAAGACCCCCACGCCCAGCUUCACGCCCGCCCGCCCAGGCAGCUAUUCCUUGUCGCCGCGACCUAGUUACGCAUCUGUAGACCAAGCAACCAUGUUCAUUUCCGGGCCACCAAAGAAACGACACCGGGGAUGGUACCCUGGCUCCCCUGUCCCCCAGCCUGGUUUAGUUGUUCCUGUUCCUACAAUUCGUCCCCUUUCAAGAACUGAGCCCCUUCUGUCUGCCCCAGGUCCACAGACCCCAUUAACUGGAAUUUUACAACCUCGGCCCAUUCCCGCAGGGGAAACUGUAAUUGUUCCUGAAAACCUGCUGAGUAACUCAGGAGUUAGGCCGGUAAUUCUGAUAGGCUAUGGCACUUUACCCUAUUUCUAUGGGAAUGUCGGCGACAUUGUGGUGAGUCCGCUGCUGGUGAACUGCUACAAGAUUCCACAGCUGGAAAACAAAGAUUUGGAACAAUUAGGGUUGACUGGCAGCCAGCUCCUGAGUAUGGAAAAUAUGAUCCUUCUGACCAUACAGUAUCUUGUCCGGCUUGGUCCAGAUCAGAUUCCUCUCAGGGAAGAAUUUGAGCAGAUUAUGCUGAAAGCUAUGCAGGAAUUUACUCUGAGAGCGCGCGCCCUGCAGGUGGGCGCCGCCUGCGGCCCCGUGUCCCCGGGGCAGCUCCCCUGGCUUGCCAGAUUAAUCGCCAGCGUGUCCCAAGACUUGGUCCAUGUGAUGGUGACCCAGAACUCUCUGGCCGAGGGCAUUUCAGAGACUUUGCGGAUCCUCAGUGAAAUGAGACACUACCAAAGGCUUCCGGAUUACGUGGUGGCAAUUUGUGCAUCCAAAAUCCGAGGAAAUGAAUUUUGUGUGGUGGUACUCGGGCAGUAUCAGUCUCGGGCUCUGGCCGAGAGCAUGCUCACCACAAGUGAGUUUUUGAAAGAAAUAAGUUACGAGCUCAUCACAGGAAAGGUCAGUUUCCUGGCCUCACAUUUCAAAACCACGUCAUUAGGCGAUGACCUGGACAGGCUGCUAGAAAAAAUGCAACAAAGGAGAGGAGACAGUGUGGUCACCCCUUUCAAUGGAGACCUCCAUGAGUGUGUGUCGCCGCAGGAGGCUGCUGCUAUGGUUCCCACGCAAAGCCUGGAUUUAGAUAAUGAAACCUUCCAAAUUUACCAACCGCAACUUACGGUGGCCAGAAAGCUCCUCUCCCAGGUGUGUGCCAUUGCGGACAGCGGCAGCCGGAGCCUGGACCUCGGCCACUUCAGCAGAGUGGACUUUGUCAUCAUCGUCCCGAGAUCAGAGGUUCUGGUCCAGCAAACUCUGCAGCGGGUGCGACAGUCAGGUGUCCUGGUGGACUUGGGCCUGGAGGACACGGCGACGGCGCACCAGAGGGCGGAGAAGUACGUGGUCCGUCUGGACAGCGAGCUCCAGGGCAAGCUGGAGGCGUUCCUGCGGAGGGUGAAGCAGAACCCGUACACGCUCUUCGUGCUCGUCCACGACCACGCGCACGUGGAGCUCACCAGCGUCAUUUCGGGAUCCCUGUCCCACGGGGAGCCCAGCCACGGCCUGGCGGACAGAGUCAUCAACUGCAGAGAAGUCCUGGAAGCUUUCAACCUCCUGGUGCUUCAGGUCAGCUCCUUCCCGUACACCCUGCAGACCCAGCAGUCCCGCAUCAGCGCCAGCAACGAGGUACACUGGAUACAGCUGGACCCCACGGAGGACGCGGGCUGCGGGGAGAAGCUGUACUUCGGCCUGAACGAGUACAGCAGGUCCCUGCAGUGGGGCGUCACCAGCCCGCUGCUGCGGUGCGACGAGACCUUCGAGAAGAUGGUGAGCACGCUCCUGGAGAGGUACCCGCGGCUGCAUAGCAUGGUCGUGCGCUGCUACCUGCUCAUCCAGCAGUACGCGCAGGCGCUGAUGGCGCUCACCACCGUGGCGGCGCUGCGGGACCACAGCACGCCCGAGACGCUGAGCAUCGUGGACGACCUCAUCAGCUCCCCGGGCAAGAGCGCGAGCGGCCGGGGACACAUGCUCGUGAUCCGGGUGCCCUCGGUGCAGCUGGCCAUGCUGGCCAAGGAGCGGCUGCAGGAGGUGCGCGACAAGCUGGGCCUGCAGUAUCGCUUCGAGAUCGUCCUGGGGAGCCCGGCCUCGGAGCUCAGCGUGGCGACGCACUUCGUGGCGCGAUUAAAGACGUGGCGGGGAAACGAGCCGGAGGAGUGGACGCCACGGACGUACCAGGAUCUCGAAGGGCUGCCGUGCAUCGUGAUCCUGACCGGCAAGGACCCGCUCGGAGAGACCUUUCCCAGGUCCCUCAAGUACUGUGACCUCCGCUUAAUCGACUCGAGCUACCUAACUCGCACUGCCCUGGAGCAGGAGGUGGGCCUGGCCUGCUGCUACGUCUCCAAGGAGGUCCUGCGGGGGCCCACCGCUGUGCUCGACCUCAGCGGGAAGGAGCCCGAGAGGCCACCAGCCAGCGAGCACGAUCCCGACCUGGACCCGGACCCGGACCCGGACCCGGGCCCGGACCCCAACCCCGACCCCGACCCGGACGAGCUGCUCGCUGACCUGGAGCGGCCGCCGAGCAACAGCAGUGCCUUCACGGGAACCUCGGGUCUGUGUUCGGCUCCCCUUUCCUGGAGGGAGGGGGGGGCGCUGAGCCCAGAGACCCCCCAGAGGGCCUCAGAGACCCCAACCCUGGAGGCGGGGUGCUUGAGAAACACGGGCGGGGGCACGGGUGUUCUCGCCCCCAGGAUGGCACGGCCCCUGCCCGCCGCCUCCACAGCCAGGCAGCGGCGAGAAGCUGCCCGGUCCGGCUGUCUUGAGCAGCUGGCCGGCUGCGGAUGGCGGGGGACUGGCGUAGUGUGGGCAGGAGCGGGAAAGCCACCCGCGUUUAAUCAGCGCCUGCGGCUGCGUUCCUCCGGCGCACAGCCUGGAUUGCACACGCACGCGCGCGUGAUCACACCUUCCCGUCCACACCCGUGUCCCCACCUCCCCUCGGGUUACCCAGCGCUCCGGGCUGGCCUCAGAACACUCCAGAUCCUCGAAGGGGGUUGGGACCAGGCCAAAGCCAAGGGAAACGGAGCCAGGGCGGUCACCAGGGCACAGGCCUCUCGCUUGGGUUCUCUUCCGCUCGCCCGCCUCGUCUUCCUCGGCCCGCUGUUAGCCACCCGCCACCCGCCUGCCCGUCUCAGCCCUUUGAUGCACGUCCCUACCACUUGGAGAGCGCGGCGUGGAGGGGAUGCGUCUGGGCCCACAGGUGGGGAGCAGGGAGCCGCAGGCGGGCAGCCCGUCCAGGCCGCGGGGCCCCCAGCUCCCGCGCGUCCGGGCGCCCUGAGCCCGGGCCGAGCCUGGCCUGCAGACUCCGGCCUGAGCACGGCGGCACAGGCCCCGGGCUCAGCUGUGCGGCACGCACGGGGCUGUGCCCACCCCCCAACCUCUUGGCUAUCAACCUCUGGAACCUCCGUAGCUGAAACCGGGGGAGUUGAAAGCAGUGGUGUGGGGUGUAUACCGCGCGUGCCACCGCGGCCGCUUACGGCACCCAAGGCUGCAGGGUUCGCCCGCGCUGGGUUAGCGUGGAGCUUAAGCUCGGAAGGACGUCUGGGGCAGAGGCUGUGGCGCUCUGGAGACCCAGGUCCCGGCACAGCUUCAGCUCCUCCGCCCGCGUCUUCUUGGCCAGAGCACAGCGAGGGCGGCCGCUCGAGCCAGGCCGAGGGGGAGCCGUGGCCAGACCUGGAGAGCUUCGGCAAGAUGCCCUUCGACGUCAGCGUGCACGACCCCAAGUUCCGCCGCAUGAGCCUGGUGUACACGCAGCGGCUGGCGGGCGUCAAGCGAGAAGUACCGAGGGACGGGAGGAGCGAGGAGCCGCGGAAGCGGGACACCGUGUCCAUGAUGCUGACCCAGUACGCGGCCCACAACACCUUCCACCACUGCGAGCAGUGCCACCAGUACAUGGAGUUCGCCGCCGCCCCCCAGAUGUCGGACUCCACCCUUCAUGCCUUCACGUUUUCCUCCUCCAUGCUGGGAGAGGAGGUCCAGCUCUACUUCAUCAUCCCCAAGUCCAAAGAGAGUCACUUCGUCUUCAGCAAGCAGGGCAGACACCUGGAGAGCAUGCGGCUGCCCCUGGUUUCGGACAAGAAUUUGAAUGCAGUCAAGAGCCCUAUUUUCACUCCUUCCAGUGGUCGCCACGAGCACGGACUCCUAAACCUUUUCCACGCCAUGGAGGGCAUCAGCCACCUCCACCUGCUGGUGGUCAAAGAAUAUGAGAUGCCGCUGUACCGCAAGUACUGGCCCAACCACAUCAUGCUGGUGCUCCCCGGCAUGUUCAAUAACGCAGGCGUGGGUGCUGCCAGGUUCCUCAUUAAGGAGCUGUCGUAUCACAACCUAGAGCUGGAGAGGAACCGCCUAGAGGAGCUGGGAGUCAAGCGCCAGUGCGUGUGGCCUUUCAUCGUGGUGAUGGACGACUCCUGUGUCCUGUGGAACAUUCACAGCGUCCAGGAGCAGACCAGCCAGUCUGUGGAAGCGGGGGUUUCCAGUAAGAACGUGUCCUUGAAGAGCGUCCUGCAGCACAUUGAAUCCACGCCGAAAAUCGUCCACUACGCGAUCCUGGGCAUACAGAAGUGGAGCAGCAAGCUGACACCGCAGAGCCUGAAGGCCCCUUUCUCUAGGUGCCACGUGCACGACUUCAUUCUCCUCAACAUCGACUUGACUCAGAACGUGCAGUACGACUUCAACAGGUAUUUCUGCGAAGAUGUCGACUUUAACCUGAGAACCAACAGCAGCGGCCUGCUCAUCUGCCGCUUCAACAACUUCAGUCUCAUGAAGAAGCACGUGCAGGUCGGCGGGCAGAGGGACUUCAUCAUCAAACCAAAGGUCGUGGCGUCCGAGAGCGCGGCUCCCAUCCUGCCCCUCCAGUACGUGUGCGCCCCCGACAGCGAGCACACGCUCCUGGCAGCCCCGGCCCAGUUCCUCCUGGAGAAGUUCCUGCAGCACGCUGCCUACAAGCUCUUCCCCAAAGCCAUCUACAACUUCAAGAGCCCCGUGCUGGCCAUCGACUGCUACCUUAACGUCGGGCAGGAGGUGGCCAUAUGCUACGUCAGCUCCAGACCACACUCCAGCAACGUCAGCUGCGAAGGGGUGUUCUUCAGUGGACUUCUCUUGUACCUCUGUGACUCUUUUGUAGGUGCUGAUCUUCUUAAGAAAUUUAAGUUUCUAAAAGGUGCUACCCUGUGUGUCAUCUGCCAAGACAGAAGCUCCUUACGCCAAACCAUCGUCCGCUUGGAGCUGGAGGACGAAUGGCAGUUCCGCCUCCGGGACGAGUUCCAAACCGCCAACAGCAGUGAGGACAAGCCUCUCUACUUCCUCACCGGACGCCACGUGUGAGCCUCGCGGAGACCAACCAGCAAAGGGACGGCAAGGUGGGGCGGGGCAGAAGCCACUGGGGAUUAUUUCCUUUAAAGUACAAUCACUGUGGAGCAAAGUGCAACGUAUUUCUACUCUCCAAAGAACUCCCCAAUGCGUCCCAGGUCUUUGGGGACGUCCCGGUCCGUCAGGUCCGACUCCAGGGCCUUCGGUUCAGGGGAACUCCACCACAGACCGUGGCUCGGCGAGGACACGGCCUGCCCGUGGGGGCGGAGGAGACCCGCGUGGAGAGCCGGGAGUCUGCGUGGGUUUUCUACACUACGUUAGGGAACGGUCAGCAUUCGCUAGCUUGAAUGUGUCACAUGAGAGCCACACCGCUGGUGUGGAAUGAACUGAAGACUGACGCCUGAGGCCUAAGCCCUCAGUCUCUCUUCAGAUCUGUACUUUGGUACAGCAUUACUCAGGGGUCUGAUACGAUAGAAUGUAGAAGAUACUUGUAUUUAAAAAAAGAAGUAGCCUUGUCUUUCUGUGCAGUGUUAGUUUAAAAUUUAUAAUCUUGUAUGUAUUGAAACUUGGCAAAAUUUCCACAGGAGUUAAAAGUUUACUAUUUAAACUGAACAAACAAAUCAGUAAAUGCAGAGCAGGCAUCGUAUGCAAAUGAAGCUUCUCCGGGCUUACUUCCUUUGCUUUUCCCCCUUCCUUAAAACUCUUCCCAGUCUCUAAGCAUGCCACGCCACCGCGAUUCACCUUGUGCAGAACCCGAUUAGGCACUAGCGCCGGGCCAGUUCAGACACUCUGUUAACCUGCACACGCCCCGGCGUGGCUGGAAGUGAACAGCCGGCACCAGCAAACCUAAAUGCCAGGCCGAGGUCCCGGGGGCUGGAGCGAAGUCGUUUCUGUCAGGCACUCAGGCAGAGCUUCCUUCACAAGUCAAACAGCAUUAGCUGCCUCCCUUACGUGGACACCACGAAGUGCUGCAGUGGGAGAUACCGCCACAGAAGAGACCUGGGAAUUCUACCGCUGACCUUCUGGUGAGGGUUAAGGAACAUCUAGGAAGUCUUCUUGACUCUCACCAGCCGGUGAUACCUAACCAGUAUCGACAACAGGAGGCGUAAGUUUUCUAUGGCUUUCUCAUCAAAUGUUUUAAUCAAAACCAGAUUUCUAGAAAGCAUUCUGAAACAUUCAAUUGGAAGUUUACACUUGUACCACUCUGGUUCUUGUUCUUAAACAAUCUGAGAUUUUUCCCAUUAGCCCGUUUGUAUCACUUUAUCCCCACUUAAAAUGGCCAUACUUGAAUCUCUCUUGUGAAACUACUGAGAGGCCCUACAAAGCCUGCAUUUGCUGAGAACAAAUAGUAUUAACUGACCAGCUUUAUUAUCUUGUAAUAACGAGUUUACAGCUAGUGAAAAGAUGGAAUGUAUUAAGACAAAAUAGACUGCAGAUCUCUUGGUUUUAAUAUAGCUACUUAUGAUGCUUUAAAUGUAUUUUGAAAUGAACAAUUCUUUUUAACCCUAUUUUUUAAUUGUCCUUCAAAGAGGAUCUGCCUUACAUAUGCUUUAAAAACUACUCCAUUUUAGUACAGCUCAAUUUUUGGCCAAGAGGUACAUUCUGAACAGCUGGGUUUAGGUAUGAGUGUAUUUCACAUGUUCUGUUUCUUUAAAAAGGCCUGAUACAGGUGAUAUCACAGUUCCACUGUUUGUGCAAUAUUCCCACAACAUUUCCUAUGUAGAGAAGAUAAAGUACUUGAAGUAAUUUUAAAACAAUGUACCUGGGGCAGAUGGCCUCUCCAGAGUUUCCUUGGGCUUUACAACUUCACAGUCUAAAGGACGCUUCUUAAAGUUACUUUAGAUGCCAGUACUCCGUGUUAGUUAGGGCUGCACUCUGCAAGUUCCAACCGUCAUGAGCUCCUAAGUACCACCCAACCCUGUGGAAGACAAAUGUCAGAAGCGAGCCAAAGGCCGUCACCCCAGUAAUGGAGAAAUCUGCACUGACCUGCCUGUUCUCUCCAAGCCCUGUCUUGCUGUGGUUUGGACCUUCUAAAAUCACUUCAUCAGUGUCCUCCUUUAGAGAAUGUUAAGUCCUCUUGAAGGAUAAAAUUGCACAGGCACAGGACGCCAUGAUCUGUUAAUCUGUGUCUCGGUGUGUUCGGUGUUGGGCUUUCCUACCCUUUAGACCCUAGUGUGGGGCCAAUGGAUUUGCGAGGCCUGCACAGUAAUUCGCCUAGAGACCCGCUGAACCGCAGCGUGUAUGACAGUUCACACAGGUUAAUACUGAAUGUAAACUAAAGGUUAGAAUGAGAACUAUUGUAGUGAAUUUGUUUCUGCUGUAAUUUAUGCAACUGCUUUUUGUGAAUUAGAAAGGGAGCACCUGUUAUUUUAUUACUGUACAAUUUUCUUAACCAAAAUUUGGUGAACUUCACGAGUCAGUCUACCUCACAUUUUGUUUAUGAUUUAAAGUUGUCUUGUGUCAACUGUAUGUUCUUGUCCUUUCAUGUGAUUUGCUGAAUGUAUUAAAAUUCUCUCCCAUCCCCACCCCAAAAAAGUUUGCUUUCUUUCAAUAAAUGCAAUGAGCUUCCCGUCUCCAACAAUGCCCAGGAAAGUCCCCUGAUCGUAGGUGGGAUGGCUCUAAGGGUCUACUGUUCUGGCACGAUGAGCCGAGAAAGUGCUAAAUAUUUGUUGAACAACAAUAACUCCACAGCUUACCCAAAGCAGAUACAUCCACAUAAAUCCACGACCAAUUUGCAGAUUUCUACCCAGAUAGUUGUAGGUGACAGACCUAGAAACUGAGUUAUUAGAUAUAUUCACAGUGCAUCCCCAAUCUUUUAUCUUAUAGAGUACAACUAUGCUGUUAUCCUGCUCUCAAACACAGCUCUGGGUUGCUUGAGCUGUGUGGUAGGAUGUAAGGCAUGACUGUUACCUUUCCAUUUAUUUCCUACCCAUCUUCUACUCCACUCAUUCUACUAACGAAUGAAUGAAUGGAAAAUACUGUUUUAGCUGAAAUACACAAAGAGUAACAACAGAACGGGACAGAGAACCCACAGACACGUUCUUCUAGGCCAAAGCCCCCACACUUGGACCUCAAGAAGGACAGUGUUUCCGAGUCUGAUGAUGGACCGAGAGAAAACACUGCCAGGGUCCGCUCCACAUUCCAAACAGCUGCCUCAGAGAGACUCACAUCCAACUACGCAGCCUGGAACAGCACCCAGGACCACUGGGCCUCAGGCCUCUCCUGAGACAGAAUGGCGCUCAAACUUCCUUUGCGUCUGGAACAGUGCUACAACUGAAGCCCUGACCUCACAGCAAAGCCGUCGUUAAGAUGACUGCAGGAAUGGUCUAUAAGGUCAAAGGAAAGUCACUCACGUAAUAAACACCCGGAGUGGAAGUAUCUACUUCAGUGACCACAACACGACAGAGGGAGUGAGCUGUAGGAAGAAAAGGCAAUACUAACAAGUGGGUAUUUUCAACCACUCUUGCAUGAAUAGUCCACAGUAUUUUAUUUUGGCAGGGGAGGGUAAAUAAAGAACUCUUUCCUC